GUAUUUGUCCAGCGCCAGCCUGCCAUUUUGUAAAAAAAGAAGGGAGAUAAAAAAUAGUUUUAUGGUGUUAAAGUUUUAUAUAAACGUCGUUGCCAUUUCUAAAAGGGCUCAAAACAAAUGUUUAAAUGGACGCAUCGUCCAUUAUAACUCAAGUGUCACGGGAUGACGAACAAUUAAACAACUAUGGAUCCGAUAGAGGAUCGCCACCCGGUGCACAGCAUAACGACGGUGAUGGAACACCAGUAUCAGGCUCCACCCCAUUGGGGAGCAAGAAGUCGAAUGGGAGUGGAGGGUUUUUACGAUCUCUGCUGUGUUGUUGGCGAGGUGGGCGGGGAAAGGGUCCACCCGGUGGCAAUGGCACAAAUAGUAUUGAUGGCAGGGCUUCGCCCCCGCUCCUGGUUAUGUCAGACCAUGCAGCACGACCACUAUUGCCACCAGUAAGACAUCAGGAUAUGCAUAAAAAAUGUAUGGUUAUUGACCUUGAUGAAACACUAGUACACAGCUCAUUCAAGCCGAUCAACAAUGCUGAUUUCGUGGUACCGGUCGAGAUCGACGGAGCAGUGCAUCAAGUGUACGUGCUGAAGCGACCGCACGUGGAUGAGUUCCUUCGGCGGUGCGGGGAACUUUACGAAUGCGUGUUAUUCACAGCGUCCCUUGCAAAGUACGCGGAUCCUGUCGCUGAUCUACUAGACAGAUGGGGCGUGUUCCGUGCUCGACUCUUCCGCGACAGCUGUGUGUUCCACCGCGGGAACUACGUGAAGGACCUCAAUAGUCUCGGACGCGACUUGCGUCGAGUCGUCAUCGUCGACAACUCGCCCGCUUCGUACAUAUUCCACCCGGACAACGCUGUACCUGUCGCGUCAUGGUUCGACGACAUGACAGAUUCAGAACUUUUGGACUUAAUACCAUUUUUCGAGAAACUCAGCAAGGUUGACAGUGUAUACACAGUGUUGCGCAACUCGAAUCACCCCUACAACCCCACACAGAACAACUCGCCGCCCACAUAGCCGCGGCCCUCGAGCCUCCCCCGAGUGCGCGAGGCGUGCUCGGCCGGCGUGCUGCGCGAGACGCACGUGGGGCGCGCGGGGCUCGCGGGGCGCGCGGGGCACGCGGGGCACGCGGGCGCGCUCACUCUCCUCGAGACACUCAUCAAGAAAGGAGCGAACUUCGUCUUAAGUGCCAAUUUUGCCUUCUGGUUAGUAAGGACGUUAUUUGUACCUAUUAUACAUUUUAGGUAUCUCCUAGUGCGUAAGUGGUCCGUGUAGGUUCGCUGUGAAGCUUCCGCGACGAGCGUCGCGUUUAAAUCUUCGACUUUAAUACUUUCUGUAUUGUCUAUGAGUAACGAUUCAGUGUUUUAAAUGACUAAAAUCAAUUUUAACUUUUUUAUAUCGUGCUUGGGAUCAAAUAUGAGUAAGUUAGUGUACUGCGAUCGUGGUCUCAGGGGUUGCCGUUGACGGGAAUUGUUUGACUCGGUUUGCUUCUUUAAUCUAUACACAUACAUGUAAACACGAAUUUCGCAGACUGGCUGUUAUUUACCCGUGACUUUUAAUCAGCCUUGAUAAUGUAUAUAUUUUUAUCAUAUAUAUGUGAAUGGUCUUAAUCAUACGCGGUAUAUAUUCCACCGACUAUGGUGUACAUAGAGCAUAGUAUUUAAUAGCAGCAGAAUGAUUAGCACUUAAGGUGUACAGUAUCGCACUGGUCUAAAGCCACUGUUACGAUGGUAUCUAUGUAAAUAGUUCAGGAAAUGGAAUAUUUAAAGCACAAAAGUUUAUUAAUAUUUAUGAUAACGUUAAAAUAUAGUUAUUUUUUAAAAAAAUAUCUAAUAUAAUUUUUCAUUUAGUCUGACACUGGCUUUAGAUGAAUGCUUGUGCAUAAGCAUUGAUGUGAUCAGUUUUACAUUAUAAUAAUGUAUGCACACCGUACAAAAUAUGUACGAAAAUUUUUAUUUGGGGAAUAUUUUUUUUUUUAUAUAUAAAAAGAAAACUAAUUUCGUUAGUGACAAUAAUGAGUCACUCGGUACAGUGUCAUAUACAUAUAUAUACAUUAACUAUGUAAUCAAAUAUGAAUUAUAUAUAUGGAUGAAAGUAUAUGAAUGUAAGGGAAUAUUAUAAAUUGUCACAUAAAUCGACUGUAUUAAUCGAUAAUUUCAUCAUGAUUGUAAUUGUUUAAUGACGAAAAAUUAUUAUCACAACGUAUUCUAACUAAAUAAUAUACGAUGGAUUUGAUCACCAACCAAAUGAUGAUAUUUUUAUAUAUAUAGCGUUUUGUAUUCACGUUUUUGUGAAAUCAGUAUUUGCAGCACAAGAUAUGAUUUUUAAGUCGUCACAGUAUUAAACUAGAUUAUUAGAUAUGGAUGCCAUUGUACACGAAUAUUUAUUUAGAGUAACCCUUAUAUAUAUAUAUAUAUAUAUAUUUUACAUUUUAAAGAGAAUCGAAAAUUGCACACAAAACUGAGGCUAAGGAUAAUGAUAUUGCAGUGUCCGUCAAUGUUCAUUUACAAAUAUAACAAAGUUACAAUUAAUAACAGUUUUAGGAGGUUAAUGAUCUCUGCUUACAAUCAUUGAAUAUGACAUUCAUUAGAUGUAAUAAUUCUCAGCCAAUCAUAAGGGCGCUUUGAACACACAUAUUGAUACUAAUGAGUUUAUACUGUGUACUAUGUCAAUGAGUAAAGAUAAACAAACCUUAAAUUUGUAAAUUCAAUGCGAUUCACUAACAUCUCUGACACUAGUAUAUACUAUUAAUAAUAUCGCGCUGUUGCACUCAAAUACUUUUAUCCACUUUUAUUUUACUUUCAUAUUUUCUAUAACAAAUUAGCCGACACUCAAAACGAAGUUUUUCAUAAAUCUAUAAUGAUUAUUUUAGACAUCAAUCUUAUCUGCCGAUACAAGAUCAAACUAGUUUAUUUACAUUUAAAUUUCUUAAUUUAUUUCCAUUGGAAUAGGUUUAAACGCGAAAGUAUGGAAGUAUACUCUAUUCCAACUGUAAGAAGAGAAAAGACAAGUAAACAACAUUUGACAGCAUAAUGACGCGAUAUCAUUGGUCGAGAGCUUGACUAAUCUAUGAUAUUCACUAUGGUUUUGUGAAAAUUUUGAACGUUGACGGAACUGUUAUCGGAAUUUUGGAAGUAAAAUUAAAGUGGAUAUAAGUUUAAUAGUGUUGUAUUAUAAAUGAAGAUAUAUUAAUCAUAAACUCAAUAAAAGUAGUGCACAAUAUAGCUGAGUUAUUAGCAAAACGCAUGAAUAACAUUAAAUCUAAAGUUAAUUUAUAUAUUUCUAUUUCGAUUGGAAUAGGCGUUUGGGUGUUUGUACCUUAACAUGGCAUAAAAGUCGAUAUUCUAACGUGGAAAGUAAUGACAUCAAAAACUGAACUAAAAUUAAAUUAAUUCUGACAACAUAACAGUUUGUUUCAAAUUAUCAUGAUAAAUAUAAACAUUAUCUAUAAUUUAAACUCAGUAUUGUGUGCAGCUUUCAGAUAUCCAGCUUGGGGAGUCAAAAUUCAAAAUUUUAAAACAUUUUUAUAAUAAGAAUUCGAUUAAAUAAUUAGGUGAAAUAAAAUGGUGCUUUCAGUAUUAGUUAAAUAAGCGAAUCGAAAAUUGUACUGCAAAACUCGUAACGCACACGGAUACUCUUUGGUUGGUAGUUUUGUAGUGAGCAGUGGACGGUAACUUGGAAGCAUUCUUAAAUUAUAUAUAAUAUUCUUAUAUAUAACUACUCGACUUGGCUUAUGCCGUUUAUGU